AUGGCCAGUCAUACGUUAUGGAAAACUCUACGAGUAAUUAAGUACAACAAAUGUCUCCCCUGCAUAACCCCUUCAUUAUUUGUUAAUAAACAAAUAACUCAAGUGCAAGUGAUACCGAAGUGGGUAAACUUAAGUGGAAAUAGCUACUGUGAUGUGGUUUCAGAAGAGCCCAAAAAAUCAAAUAAUCGAAGGAAGAUAUUCAUUCCCAAAAUUACUCUUCUCGCAGAGAACGAUAAUAUGACGGUGAUAACUCUCGAGGAGGCUGAAAAACUGGCCAGGAGGCGAAAUCUCAAGCUCAUGAAGGUUGUUGAUAUUGACAUGAGAACUGAGAGGCCUGUUUACAGGCUUAUGAGAAUACAGGAUUUUAUACAGGAAGAGGCAAAGGCUAAAAGUGAGGCCAAAAAAGUUAAGGACAGGAUCAUUAAGGAAGACAAGACAAUAGCGAUAUCCGGAAAAAUCACUGAUCACGAUCUUGAUACUAAGAUUAAGAGCAUCCACAAAAUGUUGAGAAAGAGGUACGGGGUCCGGGUGCUGGUGGCUACUGAUGGAAAUCUGGAGAUAGCUAAACGAGUGAGAGACACUGUCAUAGAGAACUGCAAAGAGAUUUCCAAAGUCGUUACAAAGAAUGAUUCAGCAUUUAACGUGAAAGUCACCCUGCGGCCAGUGCUUGAGAACAUCCUUCAGGAAAAUAGAAACGAAGGGACAACGGGUGCAGAACAAGAUGAAAGCCAUGUUAACUGACCUUGAUCUCCAUAACUUUUUUAGUUAAUCUUCACCCUGAAAUCCUAUUGGAAAUGAUUAUCCAUGUAAAUAUUGUACUUCCCCUAGGAUUCAAGCUAGCUGAUAUCUAAGUUUGUCACCCCUCCAAUUGGCAAAGUAAGAUCUUAUUUAUCUGUCCGCUAGCGCAUAAAUAAAAUAUAUUCUGAUAAUGUUUCGAGCGAUUUUCUACUUCUGAAA